AUGACUUCCGCUGUGCGGCAGCUGGUGACGUCAGUCAUGGCGGAGUUCAUGACGUCGGCGGUGAUGGAAAUCUGCGCGAGACUCAAACUGAAGCACGAGGACAACGAGACUGAGGCUCUGAUCAGGAGACUCUGUGAGGCUCUGCUGCAGGAGCUGCACCGGCUGCUGGACCAGAACCAGCAGAACCAGAACCAGCAGAACCAGAACCAACAGAACCAGAACCAGCAGCAGCAUCAUGAAGAGGAACCGCAGCAGGGAGAAGGAGUCAGCCAAUCAGAAGCUCCUCCAGGUGCAUCCAACCAAUCAGAGGCUCCUCCAGGUGCAUCCAGCCAAUCAGAGGCUCCUCCAGAUGCAUCCAGCCAAUCAGAGGCUCCUCGAGAUGCAUCCAGCCAAUCAGAGGCUCCUCCAGAUGCAUCCAGCCAACCAGAGGCUCCUCCAGGUGCAUCCAGCCAAUCAGAGGCUCCUCCAGGUGCAUCAAGCCAAUCAGAGGCUCCUCCAGAUGCAUCCAGCCAAUCAGAGGCUCCUCCAGAUGCAUCCAGCCAAUCAGAGGCUCCUCCAGAUGCAUCCAGCCAAUCAGAGGCUCCUCCAGAUGCAUCCAGCCAAUCAGAAGCUCCUCCAGAUGCAUCCAGCCAAUCACAGCCGGUGGGCAGCAGUCACAGCGUUCACCUGCGUGUGCGCUGCAGGCUCCGGCCCUUCAGCUGUCAGCUGUGCGGUAAAGGAUUCAGCGCCCGCAGCAGCGUGCACGUGCACCAGCAGAGCGUGCACGGCCGACAGCGCCCGCACACCUGUCCUCACUGCAGGAAGUCGUUCAUCAGCCGCAGCCACCUGCGCACGCACCAGGAGUCCAAUCAGCCGCUCAGCUGCUCGGCCUGCGGGGAGACGCUGGCGGCGGCGUGUCGCCUGCGAGAGCACGUGCGCACGUGUGUGAGAGCGCACGGCAGCAUCAGCUGUUCUGAGUGCAGCAAACAGUUCACCACACAGACUCAGCUGUCGGCUCACCUGAGAAUCCACCGGACCCCCAAAACCUUCACCUGUCCCACCUGCAACAAAGGCUUCACCGCACGCCGCAGCGUCCUCGUGCACCAGCAGAGCGUGCACGGAGGCCUGAAGCCGUUCAGCUGCGGCGUCUGCAGGAAGUCGUUCAGCCAGCGCGGCGGCCUGCGAGCUCACCUGAGGACGCACACGGGUGAGCGGCCGCACACCUGCGAUCGGUGCGGCCGCAGCUUCUCCAGCAGCAGCAGCCUGUCCGUGCACGGCCGCGUGCACAGCGGCGAGAAGAACUUCAGCUGCGACCUCUGCGGGAAAAGCUUCAGCGUGGCGGCAAACCUGCGGCGCCACCGCCUCGUCCACUCGGGCCACCGCGCCUUCAGCUGUGACGUGUGCGGCCGCAGCUUCACGCAGGCGGCGCACCUGAAGGCGCACGGCGCCGUGCACAGCGGGGAGUGGGCCUUCAUCUGUAACGCCUGCGGGAAAGGCUUCAGACAGCGCAGCGCGCUGCUCGUGCACGAGCGCUCGCACGCCGGCAUCAAACCGCACGGCUGCGCCGAGUGCGGCAAACACUUCUCCUCGUCCACGUCUCUGAAACGCCAUCAGCUGACUCACGGCGAGCAGAGAGCGCACGGCUGCGAGCAGUGCGGGAAACGUUUCGGCAGCGCUCGGAUCCUGAAGUCUCACCUGCAGCUUCACGCCGGCAGGAAGUCGUUCAGCUGCGACGUGUGCGGCCGCGGCUACAGCUCGCCAAACUACCUGAAGCUGCACCGGCGCCGCCACUCGGAGGGAAACCCCGGCGAGCGGCCGUACGUGUGCGAGGUUUGCGGGAAGAGCUUCAGCGUGGCGCAGAACCUCGUCAGACACAAACGCGUCCACAGCGGAGAGAAACCGUUCAGCUGCAGCGUCUGCGGGAAGAAAUUCAGUCAGAACAACAACCUGAAAACUCACCUGAUGCUUCACAGCGGAGAGAAACCCUUCAGCUGCUGCUCCUGCAGGAAGGCCUUCACCUCCAGGAGGAGCCUCAGCCAGCACUGCUGCGUCUGACCUUCAUCAUCAUCAUCAUCACGUUCAUCAUCACCAUCAUCA